CUAACGCCGUGUGGUGAUUUGACUGAGUGAAAAGGUGGUAGAGAGACUGCCUGUACAAAUAGUCGUCUGAAUGCAGCUGGAACUACAUUAAGGGCAGAGGGAGCGGAUUAUAGAAAAAAAAAAUCAUUAUAAAAGAGAAACCGUCAGCCGCUUUGAAUUAAAAAGAUAACUGUCAAGAGAAACUGACAGCGCAAUUCUUUUUAGCUGCCAAACUAUUAUCAGCAAGCUGUCAGAAGAUCAACAGCACAAAAUCUUAAUGUGAAAAGGUAAUAUUUUAUUUAUUUAUGUAUUUGUCACAGACAGCCCUCUCAUUGUAUGCGGAUCAUGUAACUGGAUAGCUGUUAAAAAGUCAGUUCUUGCACUGGUGGAAGUACAGUUUCGUGCACAGGUGGACAAAAUGGGAGGGAAUUUGGGUUGUCACCGCUCAAUCCCGAAAGAUCCAGCGGACUUUUGUCACAACAAGCGCAAAUUCAGCGCGGUGUGCAACUUUAGCAACAUUUUGGUGAACCAGGAGAGGCUGAACAUCAACACAGCCACUGAAGAGGAGCUGAUGACACUGCCUGGGGUGAACCGCAUGGUCGCACAGAACAUAGUGCAGUACCGCGAGUGUAUAGGGGGCUUCAAGAAAGUGGAGGACUUGGCUUUGGUGAACGGGGUCGGUGCUGCCAAACUGGAGCAGAUCAAGCUAGAGAUCUGUGUGAGCAACAGGACGAGCUCCACGCAGCAGUCACCGAGCUCCCUGCGCAAAGACCAGAACCUGGAGCACCUGGCUUGCACCAGGGUAAACAUCAACACAGCCACGCCGGCUCAGCUGAUGAGCAUCCGUGGCAUCACCGAAAAGAUCGCCAAGAAUAUCGUCGACUACCGCCAGGAGCACGGACCUUUCAAAAGCAUAGAGGACCUGGUUAAAGUCGCCUACAUCAACUCCUCAUUUCUGGACAAAAUCAGGUUUCAAAUCUUUGCAGAGCGUUCCCGACCUUCGUCAACAAACACCAAUGGUGGUAUAACUUUUACCUGCAAGUCACAUCCCAGCCCGACUUCCAUGAGCCUACAGAGUGAGGAUCUGGACUUUCCACCGGGUGGACCCACACAGAUAAUCUCGGUGCGGCCAAAUCCAGAAGCGUUCUCUGGUUUGCGUGACGGUAAACCCGUCCUGAGGUUAGCAACCUGGAACCUGCAAUGCUGUUCGGCAGAAAAGGCAAACAACCCCGGGGUGAGGGAGGUAGUGUGCAUGACGAUUCUAGAGAAUGGCAUCAAGCUUUUGGCAGUUCAGGAGCUGGCUGACAGAGACGCAUUGGAAAAGCUUUGUGCAGAGCUGAACCAGUCCACACUGCCCAGCGUCCGCAAGUGGAAGGGCCCCAGAGGAUCCUGGAAAUGUGCCGUCUCAGACAGGCCUGCAGGACAGUCACACAAGGGCCCAGAGUUUGCUGGAUACCUGUGGGACAGUACUUUUGGAAUUGAGCUGAAGGAUUCAACUUUGCUAGAAAAUCCACAUGCUAAUGGCAAUGGAAAGCCAACCUACCCUAAACCAUACCUUGCACAAUUUAAGAUUAGAGUGUCUGAAGUAACACUAGUAAAUAUACACCUGACACUGCCAUCUGCUGGGGGAGAAGCCAAUGGCAAGAAUCACACUGAAAACCACAAGCUGUCACUCUUUACUGAGACUCUCCAGGAGACACUUAAAGCAGAAAAAGACUUGAUCAUCCUUGGGGACUUUAGUCUGCCUCCGGAUGGCAGUGAGUUUGAUGUGUUAAGAAAAGAGAAGUUUUCUCCGCUGGUCCCCACAAGCACUUUCACAAACAUCAGCACCAAGAACCCCCAGGGAUCUAAGUCCCUUGACAACAUUUGGAUCAGCCGCUCUCUUAAGAAGGCUCACACAGGUCACUGGGUUGUCGUGAGGGAAGGCCUUACCAAUCCAUGGAUCCCAGAUAACUGGUCUUGGGGUGGAGUAGCUUCAGACCACUGCCCAGUGUUUGCUGAAUUUUACACAGACUCCCACAAGAAGGAGCCAGUUUGCAACGGAAAUGGAGUGACUGUCGUCCAACACAGUCAAACGGUGGCAGGAUUGUGACUGAGGAAUAAAACAAACAAGGAUACUGUUCUUU